UAAGCAAGAUGGAUCGCCCGGCUCAGGCAUCAGCAAUCCUCCGGGACAAGAGAGGUCACUGCUCCACAGAACCAGAGCAAAAAACUCCCGUCUAACCAUGAACGGCAAACUUGUGGCUGUCCUGGCUCUCUUCCUGAUUUCAGUGGCUGUGUCCCAAGGGAGGACCCUGGCAAGGAUGGGAACCGAGCUCCGGUGCCAGUGCAUAGCCACGCAUUCCAAGUUCAUCCCGCCUAAAUCCAUCCAAGAUGUGAAGCUGACCCAGAGCGGCCCCCACUGCAAGAACGUCGAAGUCAUAGCUACUCUGAAGGACGGCAGAGAGGUGUGCUUGGAGCCCACUGCUCACUGGGUUCAGCUGAUCGUGAAGGCAAUUUUGGCCAAGGCUCAACUGAAUUCUGACUCACCGCUCUAAGAAACACAGGACAGAAGAACAUCUGGGAACUGCUCCUGCUCCUCCACUGAGAGAAAAAUCGGGAAAAGCAUCAGUCAAGCAGUGUGCCACCUUCCGCCUCCUGCAUCAGUGUUGUUAUGUUAAUUAUGGAUGAUUUAUUUAUUUGUUUAUUUAUUUAUUUAACUGUAAUUAUUUAAGGGUGUCUUUCAAAUGGUCAGUGCUGUCUGUGGGACACGCUGCUCAUUGACACCGAAGUCGCUGAAUAGGAGAAGUGGUUUGCUAAAGGAAAUGAAGAACCCUUGGCAGCCAGUUCAGCCAAACACACCUAGUUAAGUGCAAUGCACUUGCAGCACAGCUUAUUUACACUAAGCCUUACUAUUUUGCUCUUACACCAGCAAACUGGUAAUUCCUCCUGCUCCCCUGGAGUGCCCUCGUAUGUUGUGUCAACAACAGUCUCCUGAACCACGGUCAGCCUGUGGCUAGGCUGUGAACUGUGAUUUCUGACUUUAAAAAUCUAGCCUAUGGAAUCUGUAAGACACUGGGUUUUGUAUUUAUUUAUUGUGAUUUGCAUCGUAUUGUUAAAUGUAUUUAUUGAGUAGUUGCUAUUCAAGAGGGAGAAUGAUGAUAAUUUAUUUAAUUUCUACUGGAUUCUCCAUUCCUAAUAUUCAUUGUUAAGAAAUAUUCACGAUCCCAUGGCUCUGUACAAGGACUCGGUUGUACAUCUAAUUAGCUACUCAAUCAGCUAAUGGAAAAAACUGCAUCUUACAUACACAGAAUUUGCUUGUGAGUGUAAUUAUUCCUAACAAUGCAUUAUUAAAUGUUUUCUACAAAAA